CUCCGCCGUCCUCUCUUCCUCCUCCACCCACCCCUCCACCAUCCUUCAGAUCCACUUCACAAAGAAACACACAGCUACAUCCGCCCGUUCAUUCAUCCAUCCAUCUGUCUAUCCAUCCAUCCCUCCCCCAACUGAGCACCUGCGUUUCCUUAAAGCGUACACCUCCCUCAAGCACAGCACUCCUCACCGCACCGCUACAAACCUAAACGCAGCGAUGUCUGACAGAGCUCUCACAUCCACCACCAGGCCCGCCGCCACCACCAACGCGCUCCUCGCAACCCUGACCCGUCUCCUCUCCCAACUCCUCACCCGCUCCAACACCUCAAAGCUCCUCGGCGCCUACUUCCUCUUCAUCCUCUUCAAAUACCGUCGAUCCGUCUAUGGUGUCCGUCCUCGGCCCGAGCUCAAGGGUCCGCCAGGCCUGCCUCUAAUCGGUAAUUUCUGGAGCGUGGUUUCCAAGCCGAGGAACACGGUCCUGCAGAGACAGACCAAGAACCAUCAGAUCUAUGGCAAGGUCUACGCAGUCACCAUCCCAGGCGUGGGAAGAAUCAUCAACAUCAACGACCCCGAGAUGCUGGACCAUAUCCUCAGAGUGAACUUUUGGGCUUACGAGAAGGGACCAAGGUUCAAGCAGAGUUUGGAGCCCCUCGUGGGUGAAGGUAUCUUCGGCGCGGAUGGCGAACACUGGAAAUGGCAAAGGAAACUAGCGAGCCACAUCUUCUCCGUCAAGGCCUUCCGUCAAUAUACCUCCGAUGUCUUCUGUCGUGAAGGACAACUCGCCAUCGAUUACCUCAACAAGGCUGCUGAUUCAGGCGAGGCACUCGAUCUUCAGCAGCUCUUCUACUGCUACACUCUUGAUUCCUUUGGUGAGAUCGCCUUUGGCCAAUCCUUUGGCUGUCUCAAAGACCCCUCUAAAGAAGUCGAGUUCGCCGCCGCAUUCGAUCGCCUCAACCACAACAUCUCCGGUCGCAUGAUCUCCCCGAUCUGGCGUCUAAAGGACUGGUGGACCGGCAACGACAAACAGAUCCUAAAGGACCGGGAAGUCGUCCGUAACUUUGCUUUCCGUUUGAUCCAGGACCGUCGCAGGGAGCAGCAGCAGGCAAAAGGAGCGACUCACACCCCCGACGCGAAUGGCAGGAAGGAUCUGCUGCAGUUGUUCAUGGACCUGAGCGAUGACGGCGAGGCCCUCUCGGACGAUAUGCUGGUCGAUAGCGUCCUUAACUUUGUAAUCGCCGGACGCGAUACCACCGCACAGGCACUCUCAUGGACGUUCUAUCUGAUGCACAGAACAGAGGUACAGAAGGAUAUCGUAGAGAAGCUCGUCAAGGAGACCGAUGACAUCCUUCAGGGUCAAGAUCCGACCUACGAGAGCACCAAGAAGCAAAAGUAUGCCGAGGCCUGCUUCUAUGAGGCCUUGAGGUUGUACCCUUCAGUGCCAAAGAACAUCAAGACCUGUGUUGAAGACGAUGAGCUGCCAGGAGGAAUCAAGGUCUAUAAGGGCGAGCGUGUCGGAUGGAGCCCUUGGGCGAUGGGUCGCGAGACCACCAUCUGGGGACCGGACGCGAAGGAGUACAAACCGGAGCGCUGGCUAGGCGGUGAGAAGUUCUCUUCUGCAAAGUUCAAUGCCUUCCACCUGGGACCUCGCACAUGUCUUGGACAGCAAUUCGCCACUAUCGAGGCCAUCACGAUCAUGUCCAUGCUGGCCCAAAAGUUCACGUUUGAGCUCGUCGAUCCAAGUGUCGAGCCCACAUACAUACCCUCGUUGACACUCCCGCUUGAGAAGGGACUGCUUGUACGCGUCAAGCGCCGUGUCAAUGGUGCUGUCAGCGCAUAGCACCCCCACCAUCCCUGAUUGCCUGAUGGUCAAGGACAUCCAAACCAAAUAAAAACCUCAUGCGCCUUGUUGGCCAAAAAUGCCAAAAAAAAAAAAAAGAUUAAAAAAA